UGGUGUAUUACAGGGACAUUUGCAAACAUAACUUGAAGCUGAUCGACUAUUUUGAAAUUUUUACGAACAAGAAAGUGAUUUUGAGCGAUACACUUUUCCUCGAAGCGAAGAAACGACCGUGAAGAUAUGUCGACGAAAUGGCUGGAUUAGAGUUCUAUACGGCUGGAUCUGUCGGCUGAGUUCAAUUGAUCCGUAUUUUAUACGAUUAUAAAACAUAAUUCGUCUAUUUGAGCUUCGCUGUUUGUAAUUCUCAAAACGAGCUGGAGUCUGAUUUUUCUGGCCUUAAAGAAUCACUGGUUAACAUUGAUGAUUUAGAGUUUGUCAUGGUCGAUACUUCACCAGGGAGGAGUGCAUUUUAUCAGCUGGAUUUAUCAGUGACAAAGGCCAAGUUGAGAGAGCAUAGUAGUUGGCUAUUUGCUAAAGGUGACCCGUAUGCAAAAGUUGUUGUUGACAAAAAUGCUGCAAAGAAGACAGAGACCGUGAAAAAGACUUGGGAACCAAUAUGGAAUGAACAUUUUGUAGUGCUUGUGACUGCAUACAGCAAGGUUGACAUUGAAGUAUUGUGUAAGUUCAUGCUGAAGAAUGAUGUUGUUGUUGGCAAGGUCUCAUUGGAUAUCAACGAAUUGCUUCAUGUCAACAAUGGAAGUUUCAAAAACCUCGAGAUGGAAUUAGAUUUGAUGUUGGGUGGAAAGACAACCACUGAGGAAACCACAGGUCAAAUUUUUAUCACAUUAAAUGGCAUCGAGGAUCUUAACAUGGCGAAUUUCCCGAGAAAGGAAUCCUCCAAACCGGUACAGAAUGGCGAUGCCCCUCGUCGUCCCCCUCGCCGUCCGCUACCCCGCCCCAAUAGUGUGGACGCUGGUUCAAAUUCACCGGCCGCCAAUACCGUUCAGGCGAAUGGUAACCCACCUCCUCUACCAAGCAGAAGCAGCAUGCCUGUGAUACCAGUUCUUCCCCCGCCUCCCACGAAUAGCCCCAGGCGUAGUUCGUCUCAGAGUGCCACAUCUAACUCCAGUACACCCAGACAACAGAGAAAUCCGUUUUCAGGUGCAUCAGCAAGCAAUGGUACGCCAUCGUUACCACCAUUUGCUCCUAAUAGACCCCUACCACCUGUACCUGCUACCCCACCUACCUCUGCUACUCCCCCGACUUCUGCCACUCCCCCUACCUCUACUACCUCCUCCACACCUGCUACACCCAACACUUCUGCAAACAGCAGCAGACCUAGCUAUACCAGAAGUCCCUCGGCAGCAAAUAGCCCUGCUAAUGUCGCACCACCACCGGGCACGCCGCCAAAUCGACCAAACCCGAACGAAGAACCCUUACCAGCUGGCUGGGAACAAAGGGUUGAUCCUCACGGAAGAGUUUACUAUGUCGAUCACAAUACGCGGACAACAGCCUGGGAGCGACCUCAACCUCUACCAAGCGGUUGGGAGAGGCGCACAGAUCCGCGGGGCAGAACCUAUUAUGUUGACCAUAAUACCCGUACAACGACCUGGCAACGACCGACGCUGGAGACUGUACGAAACUUCGAACACUUCCAGCACCAGAGGACGCAAUGGCAAAAUGAACGGACACACUUUCAACAAAGAUUUUUACUCCCGCAAAAUAAUAUUCCAGCUGUACAAAAUGAUCCUCUGGGUCCAUUACCAGCCGGAUGGGAAAAACGAACGGAGCAAAAUGGCCGCGUGUAUUUUGUAAAUCACACCACAAGAGAAACACAAUGGGAAGAUCCACGAAUGCUAAAACUGACUCCCCAAGACAAGACACUCCCGCCUGGUUGGGAAAUGCGAUAUACAAACGAAGGUAUUCCGUACUUUGUCGAUCACACCACGAGGACGACGACAUUCACUGAUCCACGUACAGGAAAGGCCAUUGGACCUGGCCAUGGCCCCAUUGCUUACGAGAGAAGCUUCAGGUGGAAAGUCUGUCAGUUCAGAUAUCUUUGUCAGGCAAAUGCUCUCCCUAGUCAUGUUAAACUAGGGAUAUCCAGAACAAACAUGUUUGAAGACUCUUUCCAACAGGUGAUGCGUUUCCAAGCGCACGAUCUUCGUCGCCGUCUUUUCAUCACGUUCAAAGGAGAGGAAGGUCUGGAUUAUGGUGGACUUGCAAGGGAAUGGUUCUUCCUUCUGUCCCACGAAAUUCUCAAUCCCAUGUAUUGCCUGUUUGAAUAUACGAAUGAUAACAACUACACACUCCAAAUCAAUCCAGCAUCGUCGGUGAAUCCGGAUCACUUGAUGUACUUCAAAUUUAUCGGAAGAAUUGUCGCCAUGGCCUUGUUCCAUGGGAAAUUUAUUGACCGCGGUUUCACUCUGCCGUUUUACAAACGAAUUUUGAACAAGAAGCUUGUCAUGAAAGACUUAGAGACGGUUGACCCGGAGUUUUACAAUUCAUUAGUCUGGAUAAAAGAGAACAAUAUAGAUGAUAUUGACAUGGAAAUGUUCUUCUGUACCGACCAAGAAAUUCUCGGAAAGAUCUCCACCCACGAGCUGAAGCCGGGUGGCGCUGAUAUUCCAGUGACGGAGGAAAAUAAAGAAGAAUAUAUGAGUCUAAUGACAGAAUGGCGCCUCAAUCGUGGUAUCGAAGAGCAAACUAAGGCAUUCCUCGAAGGAUUCAACAAUGUUGUACCGCUUUACUGGCUGGCUUACUUCGACGAAAGAGAAUUAGAGUUGAUGUUGUGUGGAAUGCAAGAGGUUGAUGUGGAUGAUUGGCAGAGGAACACGGUGUACCGCCAUUACACAAGGAACAGCAGACAAGUAAUUUGGUUCUGGCAGGCCGUGAAAUCGUUUGACAACGAACAGCGAACUCGUCUUCUUCAAUUUGUCACCGGAACAUGUCGUCUGCCAGUCGGUGGUUUCACAGAACUGAUGGGGAGCAAUGGUCCUCAGAAAUUCUGCAUAGAAAGAGUUGGUAAAGAAACCUGGCUACCAAGGAGUCAUACGUGCUUUAAUCGUCUCGAUUUGCCCCCGUACAAAAGCUACGAGCAAUUGGUUGAGAAGCUCACUUUUGCCAUCGAAGAAGCCGAAGGAUUUGCUCAGGAAUGAAAAAAAAUAUUUAGAGGCAACAUAACAAUAUUGGAAUAUAGUACCAAGAUAAUUUUCACGAAUCGUGUCGAGCAGUCUUGGUUUUGUAAUCUUGAUACAGAGCUGCGCGUGAUUCGUAUGGAAUUUGAAAAUUUGUAGGCAGUGAAAUUGGUGAAAAUGAGAACAAAUGUACUUCGUGAGUUAAUUAAGUGUCUUUAUAUAAAAAUGCCGGGUUGGUAAUUGCUAAUAUUUACACAUGUAAUGUACAAUAUAUAGAAUGUAGAGAUUUGUAUUUAGGAAUGUUUGUAUACACAGUGAAGCCGUAUUCUAUUUGGUUAUCUGCCAUCGUUGAUAUGGCUGUUAGCCCUAAUGAUUGUACAAAGAGAUAGAGUUAAUCAAUAGAACUAGGUGAGUAGGUCAUGCAUUUGGGGCAGCUUGUACAAAGUCCGAUUAGUACUCCCUCCCUCCCCCCAGCUGUUCUUCUGUAUGUAUUCUGGCAUUGAUUGUUCGUGUCAAACCUCUUGAGGCAUAAUGGUCUGGGACCGCGGGGACGGGGGGGGGUUGGUAAAGCGCUUUUGCCCCCCUCUUUUUAGCAAGAAAAUUAUGGGAAUAGUGUUGUGGAAAAUUAAGAAUUCUGUUUAUGAUUUAGAAAGUUAAGGUAGCUGGCUUUCACCAAACGGACCCCAGUUAGGGCGUGGAAAUAGCUUCCACCCCUUGAAAAAUGUUGACGAGUGUCUUUAAAUAUAUAAGAUCAAGCCCAAAUAUAUAGAAACACAUUCAUUGCAACUAUGUAAUCAAUGGACGAAAUAAAUUCUCAUGUUCUUGA